AUGGAGUUCGCCUGCAGCCAUGUUGUUUGUAACUGGAGGCCAGAUGAAGCAGGUGCUCUUCCUCCACCGCUGCCUCCUCGUCAUCAUCAGAAACCUCGGCCCUCUUCGCUUCCCCUCGCUCCUCCGGUUCCUCCCAGACUGGACCUGCUGGAAGGAGAACGUGCGAGUGACGUGAACGUCAACGUCGUCUCUCUGAGCGUUGCAAAGCUGGUGGACGUCGGCCGAGACGCAGGUCUGGAAACGCUUCAGAGCCCGCUGGUUUGUGAGAAAUGUCGAGCUGCGUUGUCCCAUCUCAGUUCUGUUCACAACGAUCAGCUGUGGGUUUGUGAGUUCUGUGGAGGUGAAAACGCUGUGGAUGGGGACGUGGCCACCGUGUGCAUGGGUCAGCGAGCAGGCGUGCGCAGCGACAACCUCUACCAGCCGAAGGGGAGUGACGACGACUACGAGAACCUGGAGAACUCGCUGGUGGUUUUCUGCGUGGACAUUUCAGGCAGCAUGAGCGUCACGACGGAGUGCACCGACGGCAGAGCCAACAUCGGACUUGGCGAUAUGGAACAAAGCCCGUCUCUGUCCUCCCUGACCCAGACCCCAUAUUUCUACAGACAGCUGGCGCUGCAGGCCAUGGAGAAAGAGGUCAUAAUCUCGAUAAUGAGCUUUAAGGGGACAGAUUGUCGCUUGGCUGACAUUGGGAGGCUGGCUGACGCAACUGGGGGACGGGUGAACAUCGUCAGCAUCGGUACCGUGGCCUCGGAGAUCCAGUCCAUCUCUGUGGACAACGUCUUAGCAACAAGCGUCACUUUGACCCUGCUCGCUCCUGAUGGAGUCUAUUUUCCCUUUGAAGACGACAACCAUCACAAACUGGUGAGAGAGAUAGGAAACGUACCAAAGGGGCUGGAGAUCACUUUCCAGUUUGCUGUAAAACCAGAUUUUACGGAAACUUUUCUCCGGAGGAGCACCGUCCCGCUCCAGCUGCAGCUGAGCUUCAAGACCAGAGACCAGCAAAGAAUCACUCGCAUUAUCACGGAGCAGCGACCUGUAAUGACGAAAAGUCGGAUUCUUCCAGGAAGACUCAACACGGCGGUGCUUGGUGUUCACUGCGCUCAGCUCUGUGCCAAUUUGACCAUGGAGGGUCGGGUCCAAGAGGCACAGAAGCAGCUAAAAGCACAACAAGACCUGCUCAGACAGAUCAGUAAAUCGAGGCCAAUCCAAAAAAAUGAGAGUAUCUACGGUAACUGGAUGAAAACCAUGACAACAAUCUGUGACGACAUCACAACAGACUCGCAGGUUCUGUCUGACGAAGCAGCCGAGGUGGUGUACCACCUGAAGAGGGCCAGCAGCAACAGCUACGCUCAGGUCCACAAGAACCAUUUGAUGAAACGAAACGUGACGGAAGCAUGA